CAAACAGAAGUUGCCAUUGCCUUCUUUCAAAAGCAAGUAGUCAUAGAAAACAUGGAUUUACUCUGUCAAAAGCUCCUUUCUCAAUGGCUUUUAGUCAUUCUCUGGUGUUCUAUCAUAGCCACCAUCUUUCAACAUGUUUCUGUUGUGAGCCUACCAAACAAUGAAACAGUGCCAGCAGUGGUUGUAUUUGGGGACUCUAUAGUAGAUACAGGAAACAACGACUAUAUCACCACACUUGUCAAAUGCAAUUUCCAACCAUAUGGUAGAGAUUUUGGUGGAGGAAAUCAACCAACUGGAAGGUUCAGCAAUGGCUUAGUUCCAUCAGACAUAAUUGCUGCAAAAUUUGGAGUCAAGAAAUUUUUACCUCCUUAUCUUGACCCAAAUUUGCAACUUCAAGAUCUCCUCACUGGUGUAAGCUUUGCCUCGGGUGGUGCCGGAUUUGAUCCUCUAACAGCUGAAUUAGUGAAUGUGAUGUCAUUGUCAGAUCAAUUGGACAUGUUCAGGGAGUACACAAGGAAGAUAAAUGAAGCGGUUGGAAGAAACAGAACGGCAAUGAUAGUGUCUAAGAGCAUAUACAUAGUGUGCGUAGGAAGUGAUGACAUUGCCAACACUUAUUCUCAAUUACCAUUUAGGAGUGCUGAGUAUGAUAUUCCUUCGUACACUGACUUAAUGGCUUCAGAAGCCUCAAACUUCUUGCAGAAACUUUAUGGCCUAGGAGCUAGAAGGAUUGGAGUAUUUGGUUUACCAGUCAUAGGGUGUGUGCCUUCACAAAGAACACUUGGUGGAAGCUUGAAUAGAGCCUGCUUAGAUUCUUCUAACCAAGCAGCAAUGCUCUUCAACUCGAAGCUCUCCACCCAAAUGGUUGUGCUAGGAAAAAAGUUUUCAGACUCUAGGCUUGUUUAUCUUGAUUCUUACAACGGAUUGCUUAACAUGCUUCAAAAUCCUGCUAAAUAUGGUUUUGAAGUGACAGAUAGAGGGUGCUGUGGCACGGGGAAUAUAGAAGUGAGCCUUUUGUGCAACCGUUACAGCAUAGACACAUGCUCUAACUCCUCUAACUACAUAUUCUGGGACAGUUAUCAUCCCACACAGAAGGCUUACAAUGUCCUUAGUUCUUUAGUGCUUGAUAACAAAAUUAAGGACUUCUUCUGAGAACAAUUCGAGUGUCUACUUAAUGUAGCUUUAUUAUGUUUUUCUUCUCGUUCUCCUAGCUAAUGGGUAGUGUGCAUGUGUUCCUAGCUAAUGGGUAGUGUGCAUGUGUUCCUAGCUAAUGGGUAGUGUGCAUGUGUUCCAAUUAGAAGUUGUUGUAAGGAGUACUAUAAAUAAAUUUAAACGCCUCCAUGUGACCAUGUACCACGUAAGUUCACAGUAUUUGUAUGGACCUAUCAUUACUUUGUUAUGAGAAUAUAUUGGA